AUGAGUGUCGACCGCUGGAGGCGCCGAGGCUCUAUUGCUAGCCAAUCCGACAAGCCUCCUUCGCCCUCCUUGACGCCUCAAGACUCGGAUAACGCUGCUGGCAAGAAGCCGCGCGUGCUUACGAAAGCCCUGCGCUCUCUCAGCAGCUCGUCUAUCGAUUCCAUGCCUACCCUCCAGGCCCGAAGUUCCAAUUCCCAACGACGUCUGCAUAAAACACCAUCAGUUUCCGGCUCUAUGAUCGAACGAUUGCACCGUCGAGUCUCGCGCGAUUCUGCCACGAAUUCGCCCGCUGACAGCUGCCCGAGUCCUUUCCUGGAAUCGCCUCACGGCUCCAUGGAAAUAAUCAAGCGCGGACCGCUGAAGCAAGAUUCAAGUGGCCGCAAAGCUCGCUCCGAUUAUAUAGUUCUCACAGACCAGUGUCUCUCGCGGUUUGCGAGCGUCGAGGCUGCCCGCGUCACCUACCCGCAACUUGCAGCCCAAGAGGAGCCUACUAUUGGUCGAUCUGCCUCUUCCGCGUCACUUUCUAGCAAGGCUAGCGCUGCAGCUGAGAAUCGCCUGGAGAUCCCUCUUGUGGCGGUGGUGGCCGUCUUCGUCGAUAACAAUGCAGCCCCUGCGCACAUAGUCGAGGUUUGGUGGUCUUCGCCGGCCCCCAGGCUCGCCUGUUGUCGCACACAGCUGUCCUUCAAUACGGCCAAAGAUCGAGACGACUGGCUCGUACUCUUGCAUCGUACCUGCAGACACAAGGUGCGCCAAAGCUCUCUCGCUGGUGUCAUUCCCGACAACGUUAGAGAGCGCAUACACCACAUUGUCAGCUCUGCAGAGACUGUCCAUGAUGAUUCCAAGAUAACUAUAUUUCCUGUCGUGCGCCGUGUGGUCUCCUCGGCUAAAUCUCCGGCUGAUGACACUACCAACUCAAGUGACGGAGGAACUUCGUUCUACCUGGCUAUCGGCCCCUUUCUGUGUUACUUUAUUGAGAUACUCAGAUCAGACCACGCUACGCCUCCCAGCGACCUCAUGGCCAAGACGUUCUCCUUCGGCACGGUCACGCUGAUACGAUUUCAAGCAUCUGUCGCCAACCAUCAACAAACCUUUGCCAUGGGCUUCCGCGUUCCUUUCGGAAAAGAAACACGUUUCACGCUGGCCAGUGUCCACUACCGCCGCAUCAUCGACACGGUCAUGAAAAUGGAUAGAAUACUGAAGCCUACCUGGCCUCAGCAUCUUCAACAAGCCAUUUUUGAGAUUCGUGGGCUUUCUCCUCCUUUACAACUUACCUCGGGCAAUGACUUGGGUGGGCUUGACAUAAGCUUGCCCGCUUACUGUGCAGCCUACAAGGUUUCCGUACCGCACUGGCGAAUCGACUGGACCACGCCGUCGCAGCCUUGCUUUUGCCUUCUGCCGCUGUCUCAAGACAAGACUUACUCGCCCCUUCAGCUCUUGGCUGUCUUCAGAGCUUUGCGAUACAAUGGUUUCUUCAAGGCCGUUUCUUUUGCCGAUGUCGACCUUAGCCCGCUAGCUUCGAGGCAGGAUUAUUCGCAAUACGGCGACACUGUCGUUUAUGCAUCGGCAAACCGCAUACGCAUACCUGACGAUCUCUACCACAUCCUAUCUCAAGCAUCGGUUCUCGAACAAGAAAUACACUCUCUGCUUUUCGCCUCGGACUCGAUUCGAUCCAUCAACCUGUCCAAUGUCGUUGGCUUAUAUGAGCCUAAAACGCACAUUCGUCGAAUGAUUACCGACACGACCACUUUUGAGACGAAGACGUUCGAGUUGCUGCGUCCGAUCAUGGAACUGCUCAGGCGACAGCUGUCCCACUGCCACAGCAUUGUGCUAUCUCGCAACCCUAUUUCCAAAGCAGGGGCUGAUGAUCUGCGCGAUACUUUUAGCAAUCAUAAAGUGCGCCUUCGACGCCUCGAGCUUGCCAAUUGUGGACUUGUCGACUUUGGGUUAUCCGACAUUUGGACAGCGCUGGACUACCAAGCAGACUCGUUGGAGAUAAUCGACUUGUCUAAUAACCAAGGCAAUGUUAAAUUUGAGAUCGUCUGCAACGCUCUCAGUCAUCUGAGGCGCGCAACCAAGCUCUGCAUUGCCCGCAACGUCCGUCUAGCGACUGGAUUAUCACUGUUUGAUGACGACACUCUGGCUACUUGGCAGCUUCAGGAGCUAGACCUGUCUGGUAUCAUACUGAACGAUGCUACUGUGGAAAGUCUCGCCAACUACCUAUCCGCCAGUGGCUCGCAGUCUCUUCGCAAAUUGUGCCUCGACUUUGCGGGGCUCAAUGGAUUUCAGGCGGCUCGCCUUUUCCGAAGUAUGGGACCAGGCCGUGAGAUGGAAGUCUACAUGAACUCGAACCGCAUCGACGACGGAAUUGCGGAUCUGUGCGACGCCAUUAGUGCUGGGCUUGGCCCGUGGUGCCUGUUCUUGCAAAUGAUUGAUUUUGCACGCGAGGAAAGUUACGUCAAACUACUUCGUGCGCUGGCGCAGAAUACCUCAAUCAAGUGUCUCAGUUUGGCCGGCACUUCGACCCCCGAUGCGGCUAGCGAAACAGCCUGCCAAGCUGUUUUUGACUUCUUGGCAAAGAACAACACAGUUCGCUACUUGGACAUGUCCGGUUUUGACUCUAAACUCGAUGAGGGAAGGCUGGGCAGAGGUUUCUCCAGAGCCCUGGGCGGACUUCGCCACAAUACACGAAUCGAGCACCUGCGAGUUCGCAGUCAAAUGCUGAACAUCAACGUGGGCGAUUUUGCAGGGGCCCUUGGCGUGAACAAAACACUGCGAACUGUGGAUUGCUCAUCGAACGACUUGACAUUGUCCAACCUGCGGUAUCUCAUCACGCACCUCGAGGGCAAUACGUCGAUUCGUAACUUUUCGGCGUUUUUAGAUCAGGAGCUUGGUCGCACGAUGGAAAAGUCUAUUAGUGAUGCAACAACUCCGGCGCCCGUCAAGCGACCGUCCAUGAUGUCUCGAUUCAGGCACGAGAAAACAAGCCAACCUCAACAAGGCCCAACUUUGAUUCAGGAGCUGAGGAGUGAAUGGGAUCAUGCUAUUUUUCAAUUGCAGUGCAUCACGGACGAGAACCUGCGCAAUCACGUCGAAGCGAUGACUUCGGAUGCUGCAUCAACGAGCCAAGCCUCUCUUGAGGGCGAGAGCAUGUUUGCGGCGGCCUUUGGCGGCCUCGCUGCGGACGACCUCGCAGGGCUCAAGAUAGUCACCUCGAGGCGUAGUGACGAUGAGACGCAGCGGAUGAGUCUGCAUACUCGCACCGAUUCUAGCAGGUCUACCGCGGGACGGCCAGACUCGGUCGGUUCGAGCGAGGCGGCAGCUAGCCCCAGUAGCGAGGCUGGUAGCAGCGAGUCUGGCGCUGCGACACCACUUGAUGUCGACUACGGAGUGGAGACUGGGCCAGGGCUGCAAAACGGCCAGGAGCAGUGGACUGUAUACGGCGACAGCCCCGAACAUAAUUAUACUUAUGCCGAUGGUCAGGAUGCGGAUGUUGGGCUCCAGAUGAAGCGAUACCGACGAUUUCAAGGAGAUCCGACGGAUCGCAUCGAGGAAGAGGACCAUGGGUCAUGA